AUGUCUCAUCUGAAUCCGACCUUUUUCGAAUUGUUGUCCAGCGAGCCGACCCGGGAAGUUGCAUUGCCGGAAGAGACGCUGUUGCAGGACGUUUCCGGCCUGCUGUCUGACCCGUCCGGCCUGGUUCGCUUUUGCGCACCGGAACCCGAAUGCCUUGGAUUUGCGGCCUGGCGAUUUUGUGACAGCUCGAGUUCCGACUGUCUGCGCCUGCUGACUGAUGCGGCCGUUCCGAUUGAAACCCGGCUUUCGCUGACGGGCGGUUUGAAGACCCUAUUUGCAGAGCUGUUCGAUCCUCAUUGUGAUCCGGUUUUGCAGCAUUCCCUGGAGCCGGGGCAAUACCUGAAUAUGGCUUGUGCGAUGUUCUGGGACAUUGCACCGCUGGGACCGCAUAUGGCGGGGAAGGCGGGCAUUGCACCGGCUUGCGCUGAUGUCAUGCGGUUUCAGCUGACGCUGGCCAAUCCAGCCUGCCGUGAAAGUGCCCUGUCGGGUGUGGAGCAGUGGAUCGGUGUUGAACCGGACCUGAUGAAGAGCGUUCUGGAGACCUGUGACUUCAACGAUGAACCGGUCGAGGCACUCAGGAAACGGGCAUCUGGUCUGGCUUGA